AUGCUAACCCAGAAUGUCAGCGGCACGCCGGAGCCUGACACGCUCAUUGAAUCAUGCGGCGUGCCUGUCGACCAGUACUUUUGGCUGAACAGCCUCCACCCGACGUACCCCAUCCAUGAUGUGGUCGCCGAGCAAGUAUCCAAGGCGCUCACGGCUGGUCCAAACGUGUGUUCCAGUGCAGGGAGCACCACCAAGGACGGCAGCACGUAG